UCAAACUUUAACUGCUUCAAUCGGCAGCCCGAUUUCCCGAUAUUUUACAAUAUUUAGUUCCCGAUUUUUCCCUUGAACCUUUGAAGUAAUCGUAAAAAUGGCGAAGCAUCAGAUCUGGUUAGCCGUUGCCGCAUUGGCUUUGCUUCUGUCAUCGGCGGUGGCCGACGAUGUUGUAGUGUUGACAGAGGAGAAUUUCGAGAAAGAAGUUGGCCAAGAUAAAGGAGCUCUGGUUGAGUUCUACGCUCCAUGGUGUGGGCACUGUAAGAAGCUUGCGCCAGAGUAUGAAAAGCUUGGAAGCAGCUUUAAGAAAGCGAAAUCUGUUUUGAUCGGAAAGGUCGACUGUGAUGAGCACAAGGGCGUAUGUAGCAAAUAUGGGGUCUCUGGGUACCCAACAAUUCAAUGGUUUCCCAAGGGAUCGCUUGAACCAAAAAAAUACGAAGGUCAACGUACAGCAGAAGCCCUUGCCGAGUUUGUGAAUAGCGAAGGAGGAACCAAUGUGAAGAUAGCAUCAAUUCCAUCCAGUGUGGUAGUGCUUUCCUCCGAUAAUUUCAAUGAGGUUGUUCUAGAUUCAAGCAAAGAUGUGCUGGUUGAGUUUUAUGCACCCUGGUGUGGCCACUGCAAGAACCUUGCUCCUAUUUAUGAAAAGGUGGCUACAGCAUUUAAAUUGGAAGAAGACGUAGUAAUUGCUAACUUAGAUGCCGACAAAUACAGGGAUCUAGCUGAAAAGUAUGGCAUAAGUGGUUUCCCUACUUUAAAAUUCUUCCCAAAAAGCAACAAAAAUGGUGAAGACUACGAUGGUGGAAGAGAUGUUGAUGACUUUGUUAGUUUCAUUAACGAAAAAUGUGGGACCAAUCGUGACGCAAAGGGACGGCUUACAGUAAAUGCUGGUUUAGUUGCUAGUUUAGAAUCAUUGGUGAGAGAGUUCGUAGCUGCUAGCAAUGAAGAGAAAAAGAAUAUUGUUGCCAAGAUAGAAGAAGAAGCUGGAAAGCUCAGUGGAUCAGCUGCAAGGCAUGGAAAGAUAUACGUGAAAUCUGCUAAAAAAUGUCUGGAGAAAGGUGGUGAUUAUGCCAAGACUGAGAUUGAGAGGAUCCAGCGCAUACUCGAGAAGUCGGUAAGCCCAGCGAAAGCAGACGAGUUCACCUUGAAGAAAAACGUUCUGUCAAGUUUUGUUCAAUCUUCUUAAUUUGGAGGCAAUUGGUGGUUGUUCUUGGCCAGACCUUUUCUUUUCCUUCUCCAUUUAUGAUUAGGCAUAGGUACAUGAUGAUCUUGAUCUUAUUGUCCAAUUUUUAUUUACAAAGGAACUCUCACAUGACGUAUUAUAUUUUGUAGUUUUCUUUUUUGGCCCGAGUUUAUUGAAUAGUGUUCUGUUUUGUUUUCCAUAACAUAUCACUGAUUUCUUUCUUUCCUCUU